AUGGCGGCCCGCGCCAAACUUGCCCAGCGCUUCGACGCCGUGCGCACCGGCGGCAAGGGCACUGCGCGGCGCCGAAAGUUGGCAAAACAUCAGACGAACACGGCGGAUGAGAAGCAGCUGCAGGCGCACCUCAAGCGACUGGGGCUCAACAGCAUCCCAGGCAUCGAGGAGGUGAACAUGUUCACGGAAGACGGGGGGGUUCUCCAUUUCAACACCCCGAAGGUCCAGGCCGCCGUGGGCGCCAACACGUAUGUCAUCACCGGCCAGCCGGAAAACAAGCGACUGGAGGAGCUCCUUCCGGGGAUUAUCCAUCAGCUGGGUGCGGACAACUUGACCAACCUCCGACGAAUUGCGGAAGGCUCCUCCAGAGAUUUGGGUUGCAGCGUUGUCAUUCUUAACGAGGUUGAGUUUGAGGUUGGGCUGUGGGUUAGCCCUGCAAUUCUCUCCGGUGUGCGGAGCCGAAUUCCACAUUCAUUCAUCUUCUGGAGCUUGUGA